AUGAGAAGAACGCAAUCAACCGCUUCAUUGGCUGGUCUUACCGCCGAGGAGAAGCGUCUACAAGAAGAUAAGGCGAAACAGGCGUAUUGGAGAAGAUGGGGCCCCUACCUUAGCGAACGCCAGUGGGGAGUUGUAAGGGAGGACUACUCGUAUGACGGCAAUGCCUGGGAGUCGUUCACCUUUGAGGAUUCUCGCUCAAGAACCUACCGUUGGGGUGAGGACGGACUGGCUGGUGUUAGCGAUAACCACCAGCUCUUAUGCUUUUCCAUUGCGAUGUGGAACGAGCAGGACCCGAUCUUGAAAGAGAAGGCGUACGGUUUAACAGGCCCACAGGGUAACCACGGUGAAGAUGUCAAGGAGGUGUACUUCUAUGUUGAUAACACGCCAACUCAUAGUUACAUGAAGUACGUCUACAAGUAUCCACACUCAGCGUUUCCUUAUGAAGAGUUGAAGCAGAAGAAUGCCGAUAGAUCGAGAGUUGAAAGGGAAUUCGAGCUGCCAGAUGCCGGUGUUUUCAACGAAAAUGACUAUUUCGACGUGGUUUUUGAAAUGGCAAAGGAGACUGACGAGGAGUUGGCGUUUAGAAUUACAGCGUACAACAGAUCUGAUAAACCGGCUCCCUUGCAUUUGAUCCCACAAGUGUUUUAUAGAAACACAUGGUCUUGGGGCCAUGAUGACUAUAAGCCAGAACUGAAUGAAUUGGAUGACAAUACAAUUGGUGUGAACCAUAGAAAAUUUGGUGAACGUGCUGUGGUUUUCGCCCCUUCCCCAGGUCUCACAGAAUCACACCCUGAUGUUGAACCUCAAUUGUUGUUCACUGACAACGAAACAAACAGGAAGAAAUUGUAUAACCAAGAAAACGACUCCAAGUACGUUAAAGACGCUUUCCAUGAAUACAUUGUUGAUGAAGUCGAUGAUGUUAUUAACCCAGAUCAAACUGGUACAAAAGCGGCAGCUUGGUUUUCGUUUGAUGAAGAUGGUGGUAUUCCACCAGGUGACUUUGUCACAAUUAGAUAUAAAUUCACCAAGGAUACUUCUUCCAAUGACAUAGAUGAACAGGUUUUCGAUCAAUUGUUUGCCCGCCGUGAACAAGAAGCGGACAAUUUUUACUGGAGAAUUACCCCAUUUCCAAUUUCUGAAGAACUGAGACAGAUCCAGCGUCAAGCCUUUGCGGGUCUGCUAUGGACAAAACAGUUUUACCACUUCAUUCAAGAGGAUUGGUUUAAAGGUGAUCCAGUGGAGCCCAAACCACCCCAGAACAGGGCAAAUGGUAGAAACAAAGAGUGGAAACAUAUGUACAUCGACGAUAUUCUCUCACUCCCUGAUAAAUGGGAAUAUAAUUUCUUCGCCUCUUGGGAUACCGCGUUCCAUUGUAUCCCAAUUGCACUUAUUGAUCCGGAUUUUGCAAAGAAGCAAUUGGAUUUGCUGACUCGUGAAUGGUAUAUGCAUCCAAAUGGUCAAAUCCCUGCAUAUGAAUGGAACUUCAGUGAUGUUAACCCACCGGUUCAUGCCUGGGCAACCUUCAGAGUUUAUAAAUUGGAGAGAAAGAUGUAUGGUCGUACCGAUGAAGACUUUUUGGAACGUGUGUUUCAAAAAUUGUUGUUAAAUUUCACUUGGUGGGUUAACAGAAAGGAUACAGAUGGUAACAAUGUGUUUGAAGGUGGAUUCCUGGGGUUGGAUAAUAUUGGUAUCUUCAACAGAUCUGAACCUCUACCAACAGGUGGCCGUUUGGAGCAGGCUGAUUCUACUGGCUGGAUGGCGUUUUUUUGCUUGCAAAUGUUGAAUAUUGCUUUCGAGUUGGCAAAGAAAAGACCUGUGUAUGAAGACAUUGCUUCAAAGUUCUUUGAACAUUUCCUCCUAAUCGCAGAUGCCAUGACAUUUAAGGGUGAACCACAAGAAACUGAUAAGGGGACUGUUACUCCAACUGAAGAGUCUCUAUGGAACGAGGAGGAUCAGUUCUAUUAUGACGCAAUUGCUUGGGAAGGUGGAGCCAAACAGCAGUUACCAAUCAGAUCUCUUGUCGGUCUGAUUCCAUUGUAUGCCUGUUUGACACUGGAGCCUCAAUUAUUGGAGAGAUUUCCAAGUUUCAAGAAGCGUAUGAAUUGGUUCAUUGAAAACAAGACUAGUCUCGCCAACAGAAACAUUGCCUCUAUGUCGCAAAAGGGUGCUGGCGAAAGAUUGCUUUUAGCGUUAGUGAAUGAGGAUAGACUUAAAGCUAUCUUGAAACGUAUGUUAGAUGAAAAAGAGUUUUUGUCCAGCUUCGGUAUCAGAUCUUUAUCCAAGUACCAUGAGAAGAAUCCAUACUCAUGGUAUGUAAAUGGUCAAGAUUACUCCAUUUCAUAUGUUCCUGGUGAAUCUGAUUCUGGGCUGUUUGGUGGUAAUUCCAAUUGGAGAGGGCCAAUUUGGUUCCCAACAAAUUUCCUCUUAGUUGAGUCAUUACAAAGAUUUUUCUUAUAUUAUGGACCGAGUUUCAAAGUUGAGUGUCCAACAGGAUCUGGUAACAUGAUGAAUUUGGCACAAGUUGCUGAGUGUAUCCAGCAUCGUUUGAUUUCUAUUUUCACUUUGGACGAAUCGACUGGUGAGAGACCAUGUAACGGUGAUGACGUGAAGGCCAGUGUUGAUGAAAAUUUCCAAGAUCUGGUUCCAUUCUUUGAGUACUUUGAAGGUGAUACCGGUCGUGGACUUGGAGCUUCUCAUCAGUGUGGUUGGACUGGUCUUGUUGCAAAGUUAAUCCAAGAUACAGGUUUGACUAUGAAACAGUCCUCAAAGACUCCUGCCACUGGAAGCCCUGAACCUGAUUCAUAUUUCCCACGUAUGAACACUCCAAUCCCAAUGCGUUUGGAGAGACGUCGUUCAGUGAAAUCACUUGCAAGAUUAACAGCUGAGAUGUUAGAGUUGGAUGAUGAUGAGAAUGAUAGAAAGCUAUUUGAACAUAUUCGUGAUAGAUUCUCCAGUUUCAGCUUCAACACUGGUCAUCCAGAUGAUGAUGACAAGGAUGAAGAGGAUGGAACGUUCUCUAGCGAUGAACUUGAGACCCACAAUUAA